ACUAAACCCUAAUUCUUCUCUUAUUCAUCUCCCUCCUUAAACCCUACCCUACCCUACCCGUCGCCCAUGGCUUCCGAGAACGUAAGCACCGAUACGGUGUCGAAAGCCGUCGACGCUCUCCUGAAAUGGCGUCGCUCCCAAUCUGAAACCCUAAAACCAAAACUCUUCGACGAAGACGAGGAAUAUGUGUACCUGAUCCUGACGCUGAAGAAGAUCCCUUCAAAAUCCCGCGUGAACCCUCACAAGAUCCCUCUCCCCCACUCCCUCUUCUCCCCUUUCUCCGAGCAGUGCCUCAUCCUCGACGACCGCCCAAACAAGGCCCGCGUCACCAAAGCCCAGGCCCAAGCCCGCAUCCAGUCGGAAUCCAUCCCCGUCAAUAAAAUCCUCAAGCUCUCCAAGCUCGCCUCCGACUACCGCCCCUUCGAGGCCAAGCGGAAGCUCUGCGACUCCUACGAUCUCUUUUUCGCUGAGAAGAGCAUUGUGCCGCUCCUUCCGCGGCUUCUCGGGAAGAGUUUCUUCAAGAAGAGGAAGAUUCCGGUGCCGGUGGAUUUGAAGAAGGGGAACUGGAAGGAGCAGGUGGAGAAGGCAUGUUCGUCCGCGAUGCUGUUCAUGAGGACUGGGACCUGCAGUGUUGUUAGGGUUGCCAAGGUGAGGAUGGAGAGGGAUGAGAUUGUUGAGAAUGUCGUUGCCGCGAUUGAAGGCGCUGUGGAGGUUGUCCCGAAGAAGUGGGGGAAUGUGAGGUCCUUGCAUUUGAAGCUGCUGGAGAGCCUGGCGCUGCCGGUGUACCAGACGGUUCCGGAUGUGAAAUUGAAGAUUGAUGGAUUUAAAGUCGAGGAGGGGGCGACGACGACGACGAAGAAGAAGAAUGAAACGAAGGAGAAGGACAGUGAGGGUGAGGUUAGUGAUUCGAAGAAGAAGAAGGGGAGGAUUCAUGAGGUUAGGUACAUGGAUGAGAUUGAAGAUCAAUUGGCCAGCGAUGAUAGUGAAGAUGAGAUGGUGAGUAAGAAGAGGAAGAAAGGAGGUUCGAGUGAGUUGAGUGGUGUUGAGCAAUUGAAGAAGUUGGUGUUUAAUGAGUUGACUGCCAAGGGGAAGAAGAAGAAGAAGGGCUUGUCUGUUGGGGGGGUUAAGGGAGAUGCGAUUGAGGGGAGUGGAAGUGAGUUGGUUGUUAAGGAUCAAGAGUCAGGAGUGAAGAAGAAGAAGAAGAAGCGAGAGGAAGUGAAGGCAAAGGCUACUAAAAGUGUAAAGGCUACGAAAGGUGUGAAGGCUAAGAAAAUUAAGAAGGCUGCGUGAGUUGGAUUAGUGGUUGAUGUUAGAAAUUGCAGCUUGAUGUGGCUCUGUGCAAGCUUGUGUGGUUCUGCUUGUUGAACCUCCAGCGGAUUUUUGUUUUAGACCACAUUAUUAUGGUAGUUGUGUUGUGUCAGUUCAGUUCGUCAUUUCUAAUUCAAAUUUACUAUACUUGAGGUUUAGAAUGAUUGUUAAAUGGGUAAAAAUCUAAAUGUUGCAUCCCGACAAGUUUAGUAUACUAAAGAUAUUUAGAUAUUGCAUGUUGUUGGAGAUCGACUUGGAAAUUGAGAUGAGAAGUUGGUGUUUUACUAAGUGAAAGUGUAUCAAGGAAAUGACAGGAGAAUGCUGAGAACAGAUUAAUGCUUUCAAUGGGUUGAGUGUUGUUUCCUCUUAUCCGCACUGCUUAUUUUUUUUUCUUUUUUCCUUAUGUAAUCUAGAAUUUUACCUUAAAUUUCAUUUCUUUGUUUCAUAUUACA